AUGCUUAAUAAUAUAGAGAACAUCAGCAGAGAGAGGGGUUGUGAGUUCAGAGUUGUUGUAAGAGGAGGAGGUAGGUUAGAGGAGAGAAGUGAAGCUGUGGUAAAGCCGGCCCGAAUCGCGUCUGCAGUGAGGCGCGUCGGUCAGUUCGGGGCCGAAUAUGUAUUCUACACAUCGCACCACGCAUUAUGCAUAACGCACCACGCACCACGCACCACACACCACCCGUCAAGGCAUUGUGGCGCUUCCGGCCGAUCAGAUCAAUCAGAGCUUCACAAAGGCCUUCGACCAAGUACAGGCCUUGUUCGCACAAGACAAGAUGGCGAAAUGCGAGCAGCUAGAAGAGCCUACAAUGAAUGCCACGCUACCACAGAAUCUUCCAUCAAGAAGCUAAACUUCUCUGGCACCUCGUCCGCCGCAACCCCCCGCAAGGCCAAGACAGCGGCAUCGAUAAGACCAUGCAAGAGUUGUGGCAUGGCGUUACCGAACUACAAGAGAUGUGACAUGGAGCAUGAUGAAGAGGCAGAACACGCGAAAAGACGGCCAUAUUGGCCCAUCCACUUUGUACAAACAGAGCUCAUUUGGCUGCAGAAAAACAAGCGCCCACCUGUGCCUACUCCGAGCCAAGUAGCCACAGCGACACUCUCGUCAGACACCGGCGUCGCCGUACCACCACUUCCUCAAACUGCGGACCCCAAAGCGAAGAAGCUCCUCGCCCAGUCCGUGGCUGAGUCUCGAGCUUAUGGGUUUGGUGGUGGCACGCCGUAUCGCGACCGAAUGAUGAAGCAGUCCGAUCCCGAUCCUAGCGCGCCUAUAGAUCCCUCAGACUUUCAGAUGGAAGGUGCCGCACCACUCCUUGGCAGAGCUAGGUCGACGCGGAAGAAGCAGCACAACUCGCAUAGAAAUACGCCGUGGACGAAGAGCAUACCACAUCGAACGGGCACUCGUAUAGAAGCAGAAGAUACCAGUAGCGACUACAAUCGUCCCCCGACACUGCUGCCCAAGUUCGCUGUCGAGCUUUGGGGCAAGCUAGAGGAGGAGGAGAAAGACAGGGACGAAAAGUAG